GUUGCAGGACUAUAGUGAAAAUAAUAGCUGAAAGGGAAGGUGGACAAACGUUAUAUUGGAGCCAAAACAAUAAUUGUGCUAUCGUUUCUAUGCAAUUUCUAUGAAUGGUGCGCCAGGGGGUUCUCGGCAGUCGCAGAAAGCACCACCGGAAGGCGGUCCUAUCCGCCAACCUGCUACUAUUCGUGCCCCUACACAACAACAGCCUGCUGUUUCGGUGGCUAUUUUUCCGCAACGGAGUGAAGCUGGCCCGAGCUGUCAGCCUAGCACUGUUCCGUCAUCGCAGGCAUUUCCUAGUGUCGUGCAACAGUCAGCCACUUUGAGGGAAUCAUUUCCUGUGCUACAUUCGCCCGCUGUCCAGCAUCCGCUGGGUUGGUCGCCACAAUUUGAAAUGCAGCUACUACAGUCCGCCUCCUCACAAGUUGCUGCUGGGUUGCGGUAUUCUCAGCCAUCAACGAGCCAGCAACCGCCAUCUGGAACGGAUAUAACGGUGGGCGUAUCACCACUUUCCUCUCUACCUUCUCCUUCCAUUUCCAGUGCCUCAUUAUUAACGGGUAUUGGUUUAAGUCCGGGUUCCGGCCCUGCUUCUGGCCCUGGUUCCGGUUCUGGUCCUGAUCCUGGCUCCUCUGGACAGUCACCACUUCAAAUGUUGGGUGCAAUGAAUCCAGCUCUUUUGGCACAAUAUCAGGUUAUUCUAGCUGCCGCUGCCCAACAGCACCAAGCUGCUGCAGCGGCAGCUGCGACAUUAGCUGCCGUAUCUGGUGGACGUUCACCACAAAUUGGAUCGCGUGUAGGACCACCUUCGACGCCUGCGCUAACCCUUGAACAGAAUUUACACCGGCAUUUAUUACAGUUACAACAACAGCAGCAAUUUGCAGCUUCGGGUACUGCCAUCCAUUUACUGCCGUCACCACCACUACAUGGUACAACUUUAAUGACGCAAAUGCAUGCUGCAUUAGCAGCUGUUGGAGUACUGCCGCAACCUCCGCAGGCUCUGCCGACUCACACAACUGCUCAACUUACACAUCCACGUGUAACACCAGCUGCCGUAACUCAGUCAAUGCCAUCGUUAAGUGCCGAAACAAGUUCACGUCCAUCACGGGUUGAAUUCAUACAGCCUCAGCCACUUCUCUCGCGCGCUGCUGUUGCAACUGCGCGACAAGCUUUAUUACUUGCUUCUACUUCUCAUGCUGCUGUUGCUGCUGCAACUGUCACCACUAUCCCCACACCUUCUGCAUCUACAUUGCAACUCUCUACAUCACAACCAUAUUCUCAAGCUCUCGGUCGUAUUGUAAUGAUGCCGCCGCCUCCACUGCCUCGUGUUCGUCAUGUCUUAACUCAGGAACGCCGCAGAUAUGCUCCUUAUCAACGACCCACGCCCUCUAUUCCGUUGGCCAGUGCUCCAUCAACUGCUGCUCCUGCUGCUUCUACCGGUGCUCCAGAACCAUCGUCUUUCCAAGUGGGAACAUUGCCGUCACAACCGUAUUAUCCUUCUCACUUUAUGCGUGGUACGGUUAUACGGCUACAGUCGGGUCAGUUGAAAAGGGUUGAAGAAAUGAGCACAGAAGACUUUGUUCUAUCUGCAGCGAUGCAAACGGAUCUCGUACUUUGCAACAGUAGGGUCAUUCGAAUUCAGGAGAUAGAAAAAGAUCGUCAGGUUCUCGUUACUUUUGCUGUUGGCGAGGAAAGAAUAUUGGAUUUGGUUCAGAUCUGGGUUAUUAAAUCCGCCCAUUUGAAGGUGAAAAAGUUAUCUGCAAAGAAAGUAACAAUAGAGGCGGGAAUCGAGCAUCCCUAUUUUGUGGUUGACCAAGGUUGGGCAUCAUGUAGCCCAGAAAGAACACGUGUCACAUAUGGAUUAAUUUGCAGACAACUGAAUAUUGGUGAUGUUUGUAUAGCGUUACGUCAUAUCGAAGGUGGUGAAACAAGCGGAACAAGUGGCAGGGGUACGAUUCGUUCUCAUAGUGGCACAAGAGGAGGACCAAUGCCGGGUACAUCUGGCAUACAGCAAUUUUCUCGACCUACACCGUUAAUACAAGCGCCUCGUCGGCGUCCACCACCUGUUAUUCGUACUGAAAGAAGGCCUGGUGUUCGAUCUGCACCAUCGCAUGAAAUGCCGACCGAAGAGCUAGCAUUGCUUGAAAUACGUCGUCGUUUAAGGCGACGUAGGCAUAAAUCAGCGCUAUGAUAGUCUUUCUAUUACAUCGUUUGCC